AUGCACGAGGUUACCUUUGGCAAAGGGCAACAAUAUGUAGGGGAGGCUGGGGCUAACUGGGUACACGGAACUGGAGGACCCGAAGCACAUGUGAAUCCCAUUAUUUUGGCUCUCAAAGCCAGCCUCCGCACACUAACCAGUGACGUUGAGAAUGCCACGGUAUACCACCAGACGGGCGAAAUACCACCCGAGCUCCUGGUCAACGCACUGGAAGCUGUCAGCGAAGCCGACUCCAAGGUCCUCGCCGACGCUGGAAUCCGACUUCACCACCACCUCGAAGACCGCACAUACCGUGCGGCCCUUCGGCGGCAGGGAUGGAACCCGAAAGAGACAAAUCAGUACGGCAACUGGCCGACUAUCUGGCAUUUGACUCGGUCACAGCAGCCAAGGCGGAAGAAACUUCCGAGAUCUAUACCGCAGUAA